GACGGCGCCGAGGGCGAGUCACUGGUAGCAGCGGCGGAGGUGGCGGAGCUGGCCAGGGCGGUUGCCGAUGCGAGCCUGCCGUCAUCGCAGAGGUCUCUGGCCGCCCACGUGCUGCACGAGCGCUGCCUCGACGCCGCCCCCGCGGAGGUGUUCGCACCGUUCGCGGCCUCCACCGAGGGCGCCGCGCACUUGCGGCUGCUUGUGGACGCUCUCCUGGACCUCAUGGUGGGGGAGGACGUGCUCAUGCCAGCAAUCCCGGUCAAGCUGCUCUGGAGCGUGGCCGCCCUGCCCGGCGCGGGCCCGCUGCUGGAGGACGCCGGGGCCGUGCCAGCGGCGCUGGGCGUGCUGCGGGCGGCGAAGGACCCCCUGCUGGCGGGGGCGGCUCUGGCGUUCGUCGAGCGGGCCUCUGCUGAGCGGCAGGCGUGCGCCAAGCUGUGCGGCAAUGCCAGCACCGUCCGCCUGCUCCUGCUGCUCCUGUGGCGCUGGGGGGGAGACCUCGAGGCCUGCGAGUCGCUGCUGCUCAUCUUCGAGCGCGCGCUCCGCGCGCCGUGCCACGCGCUCGUGCUGGGCGCCGAGGUGUCCGUCCCCGGCCAGGAGGAGCCGCUGCGGCUGGUGCCCGCCCUCCAGCAGCUCGCGCUGGCGGCCGAGGAGGCGCCCGGCGAGGUGGGCGCGUGGGCCGCCGGCCUGGCGCGAGAGUGGGCCGGCUGCGCGGCGUUCGCGAGCGCCUCUGCGCGCGGAUCGCGGGCGCCCUUCGGCGGAGAUCGCCUCCGCGGGGAUCGUAGAUCGUGGUUGUCAUCGCAGCUCGGGUGCGACUAA